AGUGAAAUGCUUCAGAGGCAUGAGCGGUGCAGAGCCGCCUGAACAGCAGCAGUACGCAAGUAGUGUGGGUGUGGAUGAAAAUGGAGAUGUCGUUUAUCAACAUGGUGGCGCCGUGCAAAUAUAUGGUCAAGAGCCUCAGCUAAUCCGUAUGGAGGACGGUCGACUGGUCCAAAUGAUUGCCCACGCUCCAGGACAGGAGGUGCAGUACGAAGAGGUCCCGGAUUCACAGAUGCAAGAAGAAAAGAAAGUAGUUCUUGGUCCUCCUGUGAAAUGGAAAAAGGUUGUCAAUUCUUCAGGACCCUCACCGAGACCACGUCAUGGACAUCGGGCUGUUGCCAUCAAGGAUCUUAUGAUAGUGUUUGGUGGCGGUAAUGAGGGUAUCGUCGAUGAGCUUCAUGUGUACAACACAACAACCAAGCAGUGGUUCAUUCCUUCUGUUCGCGGCGAAAUUCCGAGUGGAUGUGCAGCAUACGGUAUCGUUUGCAGCAGUACCCAUAUCUACAUGUUUGGGGGUAUGGUAGAGUAUGGGAGGUACACCAAUGAUCUGUAUGAGCUGCAAGCUUCUCGCUGGGAAUGGAGGAAGUUACGUCCUCGUCCUCCACGGAGUGGUGGCGCAGGUCCAUGUCCACGUUUGGGCCAUUCAUUUUCGCUUGCGAGCAAUCAGAUCUGCUAUCUAUUCGGUGGUCUUGCGAACCAGUCUCCGGACCCUAAGCAAAACAAUCCUGUUUAUCUGGAUGACUUGUUCACACUUGAUAUCCGAGGCCCGGUCGGAUCACUGCAGUGGGAGCUCCCUGUGACUUACGGGCCACAUCCUCCACCUCGUGAAUCUCACUCUGCGGUUGUACUUGAGUCAACCAGUGGACGUCAGCUGAUAAUAUAUGGUGGAAUGAACGGAUGCCGCUUGAAUGACUUAUGGAUAUUACAUCUUGAUACCAUGACAUGGGAUAACCCUGUGACUGGAGGGGUGACUCCUCUUCCACGAUCUCUUCAUACUGCUAAUCUAAUUGGACAUAGGAUGUAUAUCUACGGUGGUUGGGUACCAAUGGUUGAAGAUGGGAACGAUGCUGAGGUGAAGGAAUGGAAGUGUACCAACGAUUUGGCGUGUUUAAAUCUCGACACAAUGGUUUGGGAAAGCGUUUCGCAUGUUUUCGAUGUAGAAAACGUGCCACGUGCUAGAGCAGGUCAUUGUUCUGUUGUUAUCAAUAAUCGAAUAUAUAUCUGGUCUGGAAGGGAUGGCUACCGAAAGGCAUGGAAUAACCAAGUUUGUUGCAAAGACAUGUGGUACUUGGAGACGGCCGUUCCGGGAACACCUUCUCGUGUUCAGCUUGUCAGAGCAAGCGUUGCUGGACUUGAAGUUUCGUGGGGUUCGCUUCCAACUGCCGAGGCAUAUCUUCUUCAACUGCAUAAGUAUGAUGCUAGUAUCGCUACCCACAAGAUCAUUGAUGAAGAAGCUUCGAGACAGCUGGGUUCACUUGGUAAACCUCCAUCAUCACCAGCUCAAAAGAUGUUGAUGCAAAGGGGACCUGCGGCAGGCAGCAUUAUGAAGGUGGUGCGAGGAACUGGACCUGGUCAGCAAAUCUUGCGAGUUGUGAGACCAGUUUCGAACGUUGCUGGUGGUGCAGCUCUGCCAGCCGUCGUGAAACCAGGCCCUGGCGCGAAGGCCAUCUUUUUGUCAAAGGGUGGCACUCAACAAAAGGUAAUGUACGUGCCAAGUGGAGUUCCGGUUGCUCCAGCUGGGGUGAUGCUUUCAAGGACGGGAGUUGCUAUACCUGGUGGAGUAGAUCAACAGGGCGCGCUACCACUCGCACCUCAUCAGCAGCCCAGUAUAUCUACACAGGGUACCACGUAUACAGCACCAUCUAAUUCGCGUCAAAAUGAUGAAGCUACUCUUCCACAAAACCUUUUCGACGAAUUGCCUGCUGAUGAGCAGUCUCCGCCAUCGCCACCAAAGCAAAGAGGUGCAGAAAGCGAGAACUCUCAAACCUCCACUUCGGCUGCUUCUACACAGUCUGACGCGCCGCACUUAGCCGAGCAUCCGGAGAGGCCAGAGUCGCAGGAAGCACCUCAAGACCCACAGUCAUCCUCUCAGCCGUCGACUUCAUCUGAGAGUCACUCUAUGGUACCGUCAGAUCCAACGCAGAAGGCUGCAGACAGUGAAAGUACCUCACAAGCGAAUAACGAUGAAGUCCAAGAACCUCAACACCAUCAAGGUGACACAUCUGCUGGUGUCAGUGAUCCACAAUCCGCUAAGCUACCAGACGAUCAACCUGGCACUUCUCAAGCACACAAUCAUGACCAGCAGUCAUUGCCGGCUGACCCGCCCAAUGGAGUUCAGCCAGCACCGGCUCCAACAUUGGAAGCUCCUCAUCAAGAGCAGACAGAACCGCAACCUCCACAAGUGAGCGCACAACCACCGCCUUCUGUGGAACAAAAUUUUACACCUCGACCCCAACGCGAUCCAUCUGAACCAUUGAUGGCUCAUCCUGGGCAUGUACCGCAAACUGUAAAGACACCUCUUGAUGAAGAAAUCUGGUUCGAUGUGGGAAUAAUCAAAGGAACGUCGUGUGUUGUUACCCAUUACUUUCUGCAUGGAGAUCAAUCAUUGGAAAGCACAUAUGGGAAUGAUUUUGAUGUUGGCAUGCAUGCUGGUCAAGUGAACUUUUUGCGAAAGGCAGAACUAGAACCCGGGACUGCUUAUCGGUUUCGCGUUGCGGGUAUAAAUUCAAUAGGACGCGGCCCAUGGAGCGAGGUUUCCGCUUUCAAGACUUGCCUCCCUGGUUUCCCUGGAGCGCCUUCGUCUAUUAAGAUCACCAAAGGACAGGAGGGUGCUCAGCUCACAUGGGAGCCUCCGCAGAAUGUUGCAGGACGUAUCUCUGAGUACAGUGUCUACUUGGCUGUGCGUAAUAAUUCCGGAGCUACCGACAACCAGCUCGCUUUCAUGAGGGUGUACGUGGGUGUCGAACCGGAAUGUAUCGUGAAUCAAACGAAUCUUGCCGCUGCCUAUGUAGAUCAGUCCACGAAACCAGCCAUAAUCUUCAGGAUUGCAGCCAGAAAUGAGAAGGGUUAUGGACCUGCCACACAAGUGCGAUGGCUUCAGGAUCAAAAGCCGGUGCUUGCCCAACCUAUUGUAGCUCCAGCGGCUGCUGCUGCUGCUCGCUACCCGGUAGGGUACUACUCUCAGCCGAAACGACAUCGAUUAGAUGGUGUCUGAGACUUUUUGUUGUAAUUUACUCAUCUCUUCCUCAUUUGAUCUUAUCCUAACAUUUUUUUUGUUUGUUAUGUUACAGAUGUUGUGCUUUUGAGCAUACCUUAUUGAAAACUCAAAGUAUUUUGUUAAUUGCUGAAGUUGUAGGUAUAAUUGUAAAGUUGGUGAAGUUUAACAGCACACCGUGAUUGGCUGUGAAAUGAUUUGUGUUGUUUACACUGUUGGGCGUAUCUCCUCAGUUUCAUUUACUAAAAGCGUCAUGUUUGGCAAAGUAAAAAU